AUGGCUCUUUCUCUGCCACAAGUAGCAUUAGGUUAUUCUUCACAAACUUAUCGACGCCCAACUUCUGUUCCAAGAUACUCAAACUCUUCCAAUACCUCCGUUACAAGUAACCAACUUGUCAAUGAAGUUAUUAAAAAGCUUCUACAGCUUCAAUUAGUCAGCCGUAUGGAGAGUUUGUCGAUGAAAGAAGAUGACUAUCCUAUACAGUUUUCACCACCUCUACUUUCAAGUAACUCAUCAAUGGAUACGAAUAUCCAUUCAGGGUCUGGAAGAAGUCUCUAUAAAACGGAAAUAUGCAAACGCUACAUGAUGAACCCAAACUCAACAUGUGAAUAUGGCGUGCGUUGCCGAUUUGCUCAUGGAUUGAAAGAGCUUCACUUGACUGCUCGUCAUCCGAGGUACAAAACAGAGCAUUGUCGAGCUUUCCAGUUAACAGGAACUUGUCGAUAUGGCAAACGUUGUGAUUUCAUUCACAACGAGACCGAAUACGAAUUGGAUCUCAUGAGAACAGAAAACGCUCUCUAUCAAGAAUACUGUUUCCGUCACCCAUGUGUAAAGCAAGUCACCUUGUUGGAGGUUCUUCGGGAAUUUGGUCCAAUUAGACCUGAAUUUAAUCGACUGCUUAAUCAUGUGGAGACUCACUAA